GGUAUUCUUUCGGCGGACAACAACAGAGUGAACUUCAUUUUGAUGUCAGGUUAUCCUCCUUUCACUUGUGUCUUUGCUUGUCUGCCACGACUCAAGUAGGUUGCUUUGUGCCCCUGAGUACAUGUGUGGCAUCUUCUCGACUUUUGUGCAUGUCAAGUGUAGCUCGUCUUAAAAUCGAUACACAUACAUUCUGGAUCCCGCGAAGUCACAAACCAUGGCCGCCGCUCUUCCAGGCCUCGCAUUGCAAGCUUUUGCAGAUCUAUGGGGUCAACAACCCGAACUAGCAGCCGGUCUCUACGCUGUGGGUGCAGUUGCUGCUGCUGUGCCACGCUACGUCCCAACGUUUGAGCAAGCCAAGUUCUGGUGUCAAAAGCCUAGGCAGUCGACUAGACCUGUCGCUGGAUCCAUACCCGUCGCUAGCGAAGCACUUGGCACAGUCAGUGCGACAUUCUCUCAAAAUCCCCCGCCAGCCGUCGUUGUCAUAACGCGAUCUGCUUCUCCUCCGCUGGCUUCCGAAGCAAUCCUGACAUCUAGAGACCGUGUGGAACCUGAAGUAUCGGAUUCUUCCGCGCCAUUCAAUUCCGCCUAUACUGACUCCGACUCUCCAGCUGUACGUUCUGUCACAUCGACAGAGAGCAGCUCAUUUCAAGCCCGACCCGCAUCCAGCGCUACGGUUAAGACAUCGCCGGAUGUAGUCAACAAGGUCUUGGGAGCCGUGCCAGCGGAAACACCAAACAUAUCCUCCGAUCAUAACGCACCGAAACCAUCCAUCAAGACCUCCGUUUCGUUGAUCGCCGCAUCAGACGAAACAGCGGCAAGCUCAUCGCGAUGCCCUGUUAGAUGGUCUGGUACUCAGACCUCAGCACAGUUGGAUACAUCCUCGGAGCCGGAAGGCGAAUCUGCUAGUAACUCCGUUGAUGCUGACUCAUCCGCAUCAGAUAAAGAAGCCUCUAACUGUACAAACAUGGUCUCUACAGUAUUUUCGAACAUGUCUUCGUAUGGAAUACCCACUCACGGAAAUUUCACACCGGACGACCCACGGCUCUCCAACGAAGCGACAAAACAAACUGCUAGUGUUGCAUACAGCAGUGUUACAUCUAUAGACUCUGGUGAAUUUGGGCAAAAGCUUUCUCGGACAUUAUUCCAAGUGGUCGCCAAUAACUUGCCUGCUGUGUCCAAGUCCUACAAGAAGACGGAGUCUCCCUCAAAUGAUGACAAGGAUCGCAAACCUUCGUCAAAGACGACCUCCAGUCGAUUACCAUCUGAGCAGUUCCUAUCUGAGACUUUGGAUGAUUUCUCCAGGCUUGGAGAACAUCGCCCAGUCUUCACAACGUCAGUAGAGAGACAGUCCAGCGAACCACUCCACGCUUCGCCAUUACUAGCGGAAUCCGAAAGUAUGUCCAGUUUUAAAAGCCGACAUGCGUCUGAACAGAGCCAUGUGGCACAUCGUGCGGAACGAGAGCCUACUGCCUCAUCCAACCACAACAACUUCAUCAGCUGGUUAGACAUUGUGCUGAUAUUAGUGCCUUCGAUUCUCAUCGCCACAAGCAUAGGUCUUGCGGGCAAUGAUCCCUUGGACCAGGAUCUAUAUGCCACUCUAGUGGCUACAUUGUGUACAGUUGUCGUUGGGUGUCUCCCUUAUCUCGAUUUCCGUUGGCCGACCUUGCGGUACUCAUUCCUUGCCAUGUACAGACACUCUUUGGAAUCCAUCUCCUCCUUCAUGGUAUAUCUUACAGGAUUUGUUCGUCAAUGGCAGGAAACUCUAUCCGGAGUUUUGAGAAAGCAACAUGCCGACCACGUUAUCGCCGACCGGGUAUCAUAUGCUGUUCUCAUUGGGUUGGUGUUCAUUGUCCUGUUGAUCACGAUUAACCAGAUGAUCACUCGACUGCCCCAACAUGCAGAACUAACUCAAUGGGAAGCAAAUCGCCUUCGUCUGUACAAGGGCUUCAAUGGCACCGUUGCCGCCUUGAUUGUAGUUUGGUUCAGCGAUUACGUCCAGGAUUUCAUCUUGGUCUUCACCACGACAGGUUUUAUAUACCUGCUUCAUUCGUACUACGGACAGAUACUGAGCUUUGCCUCUCGCUCAGUUUUCGAAAGCUGUAGGUUGGUAAAGGAGGCGAUGUGGCCAUAUGUAGCAGUUUACGCCGCUGUCACCGCUACGGUAUACCUUGCCAGCCAUCCACAGCAAGUCUUCGAGUGCUUUAAAGGUAUCAAUGGCGGCGUGUCUCUGCCCAUCAACCAUUGUGCUAUCGUGGUGAAAUAUGGGGCCCUCUCGAUCGCUGUGCUUCUCAUGCACAUACCAAUUGUUUCCCGUGGUCUUCGGAUUAUUCGAGCUCGGAUUCAAGAGAGGUACAACCGCAUCGCGCACGAUCGUCAUAUUGCUCCAUGGCACCCUACACUCGGAGGAGACCGCUUCUGGUUGUCGCUUACUAUCAUCGUUCUGGGCGCUGAGAAAGUGUCUGAAGUUAUGACAGAAUGGGCUGUUCCCACUCUCAAGACCGGUGCUAUGUUGAUCGUCACCCUGACUUUGGCACGUGUGUUGAUGCCAUUGUGUCCCAUGCUUCUCAGCCGCAUCUGGGACACUGUACAAUCUUGCACAGCAGAACUAUCAAUGACGACCGCUCACGCAAGUAGAGAGGCGAUGCUGACGACUUCUAAACGUGCUUUAACAUUCCAAAGAUGGUCAGUAGGACUACUGACGCGCAUGAUAUCCGACUCCGUUUCAAACACUUGGGCGAUGGUCUCGCUGGCCCUUGGAAAAAUUUCGACGAAUUCAAGAUUCUUCUACAACACAAACAUUGAACCUGUCGUAGUUUACAUUGAUCUGAGCUGCCAUAGCAACUGGUGUCAAGGCCGAGCUUGGCGGUGGGUUCCGCGCGCCAUAGCCAUUGUCUUGGCCACUGUCCUUUGCACCGCAGGAUGGGUCAUCGCCGCCAGAGCAUACCCCGAACAUAAGGUUCGUUCAUGCCUAAGCUUCGCUGUGAGCUUCAUGGCGGUUUAUAUCCUAGGCACCUUCGGAGCUCUGGGUUGCACGCAAGACUACAUCAUCGUUCUGAUAACCAUUCUUGCCAUACUAAUACACCUCCCGCUUGAGAUUCAGGCACCUACCAAUGAAACACCUGCUAACGUAGCACUUGUCGAUGAAACACCUAUCGACGAAGUACUUGCUGCUGAUGAGCUGCUUCUCGAUGUCAUGCCGGCGGCUGAAGACCCGGCUGUGGAAGCACCCCCUAACCCCCCAGCCAGACUGGCGAUGAGUGAGCCUGGGUCUGUCGCUCUCCCUUUGCCUUCUGGAUGGUGGUGGCAGUCAGUGAUAGAUUGGUUCCGCAUUAACAAUGCAGCGCGAGCAGCAAAAGAAAGGGCCAUCGAAGAGGCUAGGGUUGCUGCAGAGCAAGAGAAAGCGAGUUUCCGAUCGCAAGUUGAAAUCACAAGAGACUUGAUAUCUGGAACGAAUACUACUCAGCUGCCGAGCAACGAGGAUGAAACACAGACAACCAGAAAAGCGUGGAACACUACUCAGCCGUUUCGACCAAUCUACAUGUAUACUGAGCGGGAGUAUCAGGCUGCUUUGCGCGGAGAGAUGCCUGCGACAGCAAUAUCAGAAGCUACCUUGAGGCCGCUUGCUGAGUCUGUCCCGACCCCUCUCGCUCAAGAUUCAGCGGUUUCUGUGGUUACCAAUCUUUCGAUUCUCGCUUCCGCACUUCCAUCUACGACUACAUCCGUACCUGCUCCUCUGUUCACUCCUGCUACGCCUGCCGCACCUGCUCCUCAGACCACAACUAUUCUUUCGACCACGUCUUCUCCAGUCUGAGCCGAUUCAUCAUACCCAGCGACUUCUUCCAGUUCUCUGUUUGCAUCUGCUCCAACGGCAACACCUGAUGUUACGCAAGAGCGCAUCGUCAGCAUAAAUGAAAUGCCAACAGAGGUUGAUAAUCCAGAUGCAUUCCCUAUCCUCAUGUACCCCAAUCGCAACCACGACGACGCCUGCGGUCUUAGACAGAACACCUUUCCACGAGCUUGCCUUCGCGCCCGUGACUGGGCUGGCCGAACCUGGUAUGCCGGCCAUGGAUCCGGGUAGCGAGCAGGGAUCAUCAAGUCUUCCAAACCCUACGGUCUCAGCAUCUAUUGUCCAGAGUGCUGAGCCAUCUCCCGGUC